GUCGUCGGCGCGAUCGCGGCCAACGUAUGGGCCGAGUACGAGCACUCGGCCAAGGAAAUCUUCCCGACCGAGGACCUCCGCGUGCUCUUCCUCGAGUUCCAGAAGGACAAGUGCUUGGCGGUCACGUCGGCCAGCGCCGGGUACCUCCUCUGUGCCUACUCGGACGGUAAGGCGCCCAUGGGCCUCCUCAAGAAGAAGCUCGAGACGCUGCAGCCGUACCUGAAAGAAGCCUUGGAGAAGAUCCAAGUCUAA